AUCCUGUUGACUGUUUACCGUGCGAGCAGCUGGUAAGCACGUUCGCGAGUGUUGUGAGUUUGAAACGCCCAGACUUCGAGCGUAUUGCCAAUAAUAUUCCGGGCCUGUGACGAGCGACGGGCCAGUGUUCGUAGUAAGGGUCAGUGAUUCGAUCGAGCGCAGAUCUACCGAAAGUUCAGGACGAUUGUCGGGUUCGGUCUGCCAAGUUCUCCCUGGAAUAUUAGGCGGCUUCAAUAGCGAUUAGGUCUGCUAUGUCUUCCUCGACGGCAAAUUUUAUUUGAUUAUUCGUUGCACGCGCGUGGAGUGUAAAUCAUAAAAAUCACGCUUUCGGAUAAUGCAUCAUGCUGGCAGUCAACAGAGCCGAUGCAGACAGGCAUCUGCCGCAUCGAUUCAACAAGUACCUGCUCGACUGCAUCUCGUACGGUCAAUAUGACUUGGUGAUAGGCGCAGUAAACGAUCACUCCUGCAGAAAGUGCGACGACUGGGGCACGCUACUUCACUACGCUGUUCUGUUCGAUCAACAUCAUAUCGCUAGAGAGCUGAUAAGGCGCGGAAGCGACAUCGAAUCCCAGACCGUGAUCCUGCGACAAACCCCACUGAUAAUAGCGCUAGAGAUGAAAAGCACCCAGUCGGCAUUACUUCUGCUGAACAGCGGGGCAAAUGUGUUUGUAAAAGACAUAAACUCAGUCAGCGCGCUGCGGUUAGCCUUCGACCAGGCCUUGUACCACUACGACAUUAUCUCUACGAUCCUUUAUCGUCUGAAAGUCAAACAAGAGAUUUUCGUGGAGAUGAACAUUAGACGCUUCAAGGAGGCCGAAGUGCCACUGUACUACCUCGCCUGCAUGCGGGAAAACCGGCAACUCGUGUACAGAGUGCUGGAGGAAGGCGCGUCCGUCAAUAACCGAACGGUCUGCAACAGAACCGCGCUGUUCGCGGCAGUCAUGUGCGAGGACGCGCCGUUGGUCGAGCAUCUGUUGAACAACGGCGCGAGCAUCAACAUAAGCGACUGCUACGGCAAGUGGCCGCUGACCAUAGCUGCGUCAAACGGAUACCCCGACGUAAUGAAACUGCUGCUGGAGCGCGGCGCCAAUCCGAACGUCUUAGACAGGGAACUCGGCCUCGCGGCUUUGGCCAUCGUGCUGACGGAUGAACGGAGGAGACGCGCAUCCCAUCAAGUCGAGUGCAUCGAGAUGCUGCUGUUCCACAAAGCUCAGCUUGAGGGCUCGAACACGGAGACGGUCAUCGACAUGGUCGUUCGCAACGGCGACAAAGAGAAGAUGUAUCUGGUGCUCAGCGAACUGGCCAAGAUGAGCCUGAGCGGCCACGGACAAACCGCCGAGCGGCUGCUGAACUGCAACCUCCCGAACGAGAUGCGUAGGCUGGAGGUGGAUCAUGACUAUUACGAGAGUUGCAAGGUGAUUCUCUCUCAACGUGUGCACUUGACAGAUGAGUUGACGUUCGUACAACUGCUGAAUUACAGUAUGCACCAGAUGAGAAUCUACGCGCGCACAUUGAAUUUCCACACGAAGAUGAUUAACUUACAGGAGAGAAUAAGCGAGACGAAUUAUCCCCUGUACGUCAACGAUCUGACCAUGAGCACCGGGCUUGCCCUCAAGUACGUGAGAUAUGAAAACGCGGCCUAUCCUAUGUUCAGGCUCAUCGUCUCAACCAACUUCCGCGGAAAUAACCAAGCAGUGGAUUUCCUUACGAUAACCAUCAUUCAGUUCUUGGACAUUCCCGCCCUCCGGGUCUUGGCUGAAAUGUUGGAGGUUCACCGCGAGAUUCCAAUUCCGAUGAAUCUCGAAUGACGGACGUCGGCCACGCAGUAUAGUGCGCGCGCAGAGCCAAACUAUACCCUUACUUUCGUGCUUCUCGACCAGUUUUCCGCCAUUUUAUCCUCGUUUCAAACCGUCAUCCACCCCGUUACUUUCAAAAUCGUAGCUAUACAUCGCUUUCGAUUGAUCGUCUGGAAGGGACCUUGCCCUGCAAACGCAAGUCCAAAAUCACUGCAGCUGCAUCCGACCGCUUCAACCGCUUUUCACGGCAGCGACUCCAUCAUUCGCCAGCCGAUGGAACGGAGGGUGCAGCUACCUUGACUCCUGCUGGUGGUUGCCUUGCAGGCGCCCAAACUGUGGUCGACGCCAAAUCGGGGGAUAGAGGCUCCGCGCAACCAGGCCUUCAAGAUGAUCCAAAGGUCGACGUUGAAGUGCUAAAACUGAAACUGCAUACAAAAUAAAUCAUAAUCCAAACACAAUUAUAUCUCAUUUAUUUCUGCGUGUGGAAUUGUUAUAAAUAUAUGUUAAUAAUGAUGUUUUUAUUUAUGAAUAAAGAAAUAAUAUAAUUAUUGUAU